CUUCGCGGCCUUGUUUCAGACCAUUUUUCUUCCCCUCUGCACCCCCAAAAAGUCCACUAACUCUGCUCAUCACUUUCUCUCUCUACAUGUACACAUAUACAUAUGUAUACACGUAUAUACAUAUUAUUAUAAUAUAGCAAUAUUUCAUCACCUUUUUUUCUCUCUCUGCUUUCUGUCCCUCUGGUUUUACGCCGGAUGGCAGAUGAAACCGCCUCAUCAUCCCAUUCGUAAUCUCACACUUGCUCCUCAUCAAUGCGCUCUCUCUUUCUCUCUCUCCAAAAACCUUCACUUUCUCUCUCUACACCUUCCUUCGACCCUCUUCUACUAAUUCCUCCUUCACCAAACUCUUAUCUCUCUCUCUCUCUGGUACUAAUUAAAGCGUAUUUGUUGUUUUCCGAAGCUUUUAUUGAACUUGCAUGAACACUUUUCAAGUUCCAGUUCAUCGAUCCACAUAAGACUCUUCUCUCAUUGUGAGAAUGGGGUUGUGAUUUCGUAACGCUAGCUGAUCAGAGCUGAGUGAGAGGGUUGAGAGAUUGAUUCACACACACACACACACACACACACACAAACACACACACACACAUAUAUAGAAAAUAGAUGGCUCCGGAGACUAACUGGCUUUCGUUUUCGCUCUCGCCAAUGGAGAUGUUGAGUUCGACCUCGCAGUCUCAGGAGAUGCUACCAUCGUCGACCACCAAACUCGUGCCGUUCGAUGGCUCGUCAAAUGAUUCUCAGCACUACUACUUCGUCGAUAACUUCUAUGCACACGAUUGGGCAAACCCUAAGGGUCAAGCAGUGUAUACAGAAAGUGACAAUCAAGUGAAAGAAGGCACAGGACAAAGCAUUGGCGAUUCAUCCAUUUUCACAAGCUUCGUUGAAUCACAAAUGCAACAUCCUCAAGUUCCGAAGCUGGAGGACUUUUUUGGCGGCGAUUCGACGACGACUCAGUUGGUCCGGUACGCCGACGGCCAAACGGAGACACAGGACUCGUCCCUGACUCACAUCUACGACCAGAGCGUUUCGGCUUACUUCAGCGACCACCAAGACUUCAAAGCCAUAGCUGCGACCACAGCUGGGUUUCAAGCAUUCUCCACCAACUCGGGCUCGGAAGUGGAUGACUCGGCCUCUGUGGCCCGGACUCAGCUCAAUGGUGUUGAGUUUGCGGGUCAGUCCACUGAGUCAGGGACCGAGUUGGCCUACCCUCAGUGUACUAAUGGUGGUUUGACACUAAGCGUUAAUACCCAGAAAGAGAAAGCCAUUGUUUCGGCCGAAACAGAGAGUUGUAAGAAGAUCACUGAAACAUUUGGCCAAAGAACUUCGAUUUAUAGAGGAGUUACUAGACACAGAUGGACAGGAAGAUACGAAGCGCAUCUAUGGGAUAACAGCUGUAGAAGGGAGGGCCAGGCGAGAAAAGGGCGUCAAGUAUACUUGGGUGGGUAUGACAAGGAAGAAAAGGCGGCAAGGGCUUAUGAUUUGGCAGCUCUAAAAUACUGGGGUCCCACUGCCACCACCAACUUCCCUGUUACAAAUUAUUCCAAGGAACUUGAGGAAAUGAAACAUGUAACUAAGCAAGAGUUCAUUGCAUCACUGAGAAGGAAAAGUAGCGGAUUUUCAAGGGGAGCAUCUAUCUAUAGGGGUGUAACAAGGCAUCACCAACAGGGCCGAUGGCAGGCAAGGAUAGGUCGUGUUGCAGGAAACAAAGAUCUAUACCUUGGGACAUUUGCCACUGAAGAGGAAGCAGCAGAGGCAUAUGACAUAGCGGCAAUAAAGUUCAGGGGUUUGAAUGCAGUCACCAAUUUUGAGAUGAACCGAUAUGAUGUUGAAGCCAUUGCCAAGAGUGCGCUUCCGGUUGGCGGGGCAGCCAAGCGCUUGAAGCUCUCACUUGAGGCAGAGCAGAAACCAUCUAUAAACUACGAGCAGCAACCCCAAUGCAGCAGCAACAGUAGCAGCAGCAUCAGUUUUGCUGCAGUUCAGCCAGUUCCUGCUAUCCCAUAUCGCAUGCCAUUUGAGACUGCAUCAACGCUUUAUCAUCACCACCUCUUCCAGCAACUCCACUCCAACAAUGUGGGCACUUCGUCGGAUACCUCUGGCCCUGCCUCCUCCUCUGUUGUAUCUCCAAUGCCGUUAUUGCCAUCACCCGCUGAAUUUUACAUUUGGCCUCACCAGUCUUAUUAGCAGGACCGACUAGUAAGUAACUUCGCCAGCAGUACCCUUCAGCUGCUGAUGUUAACCACCAGCCCUAGAUUGUGGUGUUCACUUUAGGCUGACCUUUAUCUGACCCACCAAGUUUCGAUUAGUUUAGCGUUUAACCAUAUAGCAGGGCUCAAACACAAGGUUCUUUGUUUGAAUGCUAAAAUUUUAUUAUCCUUGGGAGAAACUGGAAUUUUGUAAGUAGCUUUUUUUCCAUAGCUUAAUGGGAUGUUGUAUGUUGAAUGGGUUUGGGGCAUCAUUAUUCUAGUCUGACAAGUUUAGGAUCUACUCCCAUUUUGGUUCUUGUUGGAGUUGCUCCUCUUGUUGUUAAUUAAUUAUUAUUGCGGAAUUCUGUGCUAAAUUAUUAACAUCUAUGACCAUAUAUAUG